AUGACGGCGCCCUGGCUGGAGCACCGACGGAGGGGGAGGGGAGGGCCGCCGUCGCCCUUCCUUCAGAUCUGGCCGAGGGGAGGGAAUGGGAGGCGAGCAGGCGUUGGGGAAUGGGAGGUGGUGGCGGAUCUGGAGAGAGGAGGGAGGGCCGGGCGAGCAGGCGAUGGGGAAUGGCAGGCGGCGCCGGGGAGGGAGCGAACGGGAGCACGGUGUCGAGCACGGGACCGCUUGGGUCGGGAGGGAGGGGGUUUUCUAGGCCUAAGUGGGGCAAUACUUGUCCAAAUUUACCGCACUCUCCACAUUGAUCCCAGCUCUUUCAUACUGAUGCUGGCAGUUUUGCCCACAGCCGUCACAUUGGUGCUUAUGUAUUUUGUGGAUGUCCACAACCCCAAUGAACGGUACAACAAGAAAUUCCUAGACGCUUUCUCCCUCAUUGCUGUUACUGUUGCCGGAUACUUGAUGAUUCUCAUAAUCUGUGGUCAAAUUUUCUCGAUAAGCUCAGCUGUGCAGAGCAUUUGUUUCGUGGUACUCUUGAUACUAGUGAUGUCUCCGAUAGCCGCCGCUUUAAAGUUCCAGACACCAUAUGAGGAAUCAAUAUCAGAACAAAGGACUGGACUGCUCCGUGAAGAGGUCGCAGAGGAUUCUGAAAAUGCUACCUCCAGUACCGCACUUGGGGGAUCUGACCAAGACCUGUCUGCUGGCAAAGAGAACCUGAAUGUAUUACAGGCCAUGUGCAAACUCAACUUCUGGUUGCUCUUCCUAGCAAUGGCUUGCGGAAUGGGAUCAGGUCUGGCCACGGUGAACAAUAUCAGCCAGAUCGGCGGCUCACUUGGCUACACGACCAAGGAGACCAGCACACUUGUGUCACUCUGGAGCAUAUGGAACUUUUCAGGGCGGUUCGGUGCAGGCUUCAUAUCUGACCAUUUCCUUCGCCAGCGAGGAAUUGGGAGGCCAUUCUUUAUAGGUGUUACGCUGCUGAUCAUGAGCGUCGGUCAUGCCAUCAUCUCCUCCGGUCUCCCUGCAUCACUCUACAUUGGGUCGGUGCUGAUCGGCAUGUGCUAUGGGUGUCAGUGGGCCCUGAUGCCGAGCAUAACAUCUGAGAUCUUUGGGCUGAACCAUUUUGGCACAAUAUUCAACAUGGUGGCUGUUGCGAGCCCUGUUGGGUCUUACAUCCUCUCGGUGCGCAUUGUGGGCUACAUAUAUGACAUCGAAUCUCCACCAGAUGAGCAGUCCUGUGUAGGUAAGCAAUGCUUUGCGCUCUCUUUCAUGAUCAUGGCCGGUGUCUGUAUGUUUGGGUCUGCUGCUGCGUUUGUGUUGUUUAUCAGAACAAGGAAGUUCUAUAGGCGUGUCAUAUACGCGAGGUUGCAGUCUUUUCUAGACUAG